AUGAUCAAUGAGCAUCUUCCAUUUUCUACUGUGCAAGAGAUCUUCAAAUGUUUCCUUAAGAGACCGGGGAAGGCGGGGAACCCGGAAGAGGCCCGGGAACCCGGAAGAGGCCCAGGAACCCGUCGAGGAGUAGGGUGCCGAGUGUUCAGCCCUGCAGAGUACGACCGAGAGGAGCAGGGCGCCGCGGAGUCCGAUCCGGAAGAGUCAGACCCGGAGGAGGCGGGCGGCGGGGAGGAAAUGAAGGCCCGGCAGCCGCUACCGGUGCUGCGCUCCUUUAAUUCGCGCGAGCCCUCCCGGGUCAUCCUCCGCAACCGCAGCCCGCGGGCCGUGUCGCUAGUGUGGCUUAACUUCCGCGGUGAGCCACAGAGCUUCGGGACACUGCAGCCCGGCAGACACCUCCGCAUCCACAGUUACCGAGAUCAUCUUUGGCUCUUCAGAGAUGCAGAAACACAAGAUGUGCUUCUGGCUAACCAAACUGAAUUAUUUGUGCCAUCUGCCACCGUUGAUGGACAGCCCACUCUUGCCAACAUCACACUGCCACUUUAUACCCUGAAAGAGCGAUGCCUCCAGGUGGUCCGAAGCCUAGUCAAGCCUGAGAACUAUAGAAGACUGGACAUCGGCCGAUCACUCUCUGAAGAUCUGGAAGACCACCCGAAUAUACAGAAAGACCUGGAGCGACUGACACAGGAGCACAUUGCAAAUCAGCAAUUGAAAGAGAAGACUGAAGAAUUUAAUUGAAAUUAGCAUUCUUGUGACUCAGCUUUUCAUGGUACUGAAGAGUCGUCGUCUAGAUAAUAGGACUGGUCACUUAAUCUCGUUGCAGAGUGCCUUAUUCUUGAGUACAAUAUACUCCAUUUCUUAAAGUUAACCAACAUCCCUAGGAAUUAUGAUGUUUAGGGGCAAACAUCACAAAGUGUCGUUUAAUAACUGCCCUUUUUAGAAAUACUUAUCAGGAGAAAGCAGUUGCAUUUUUGCCCUCCAGUAAGUCAGGAAAGUUUCAGUAUGUUUGUAUAAUGUUUGUAUAAUCAAUAAGAAUUACAGUGUAUCCUUCAAUAGUAAGAAAGUGGUGGUGUCUGCUCUUAAUGGAUUGUGGUUGGUGUCUACCUACCUUUUUAGAAAGACUGAAAUGUCAGGGACAGGUUUUUUCGCUCCAGUGUCCAGCACAUUAUGAACCUUCAGUCAGUAUUUGUUGGAUGAACAAACCAUUGGAUGCUUUGGUAGAAAGUGUUGGAGGAUUGGCCUCUGUUGGAGGGAAGAGAGAGGCCUUAAGGUGUAAGUAAGCAAAAGUCAAAGGGAAUUAAUUUUCUAGAAGCACUUUUUCCAAGUUUCAAGCUUUUCUUGGUCCACUCUUGUUACAAUGUUGUUUUGGUUUCUAAACCAGGACUGGUUUUACAGGGUUACUGAUACUGGUCUUUUUUAUAACUUUAUAUCUACACAGUAUAGCAGAAAAGAGUUGUCCUCAUGUUUAUUUCUAAUAUUAAAGAGCUCCUGUACUAUAAUUAAGUUGCUGCCAAGUCUGGUAUUUCUGUUGCUCUCUGUAAAUUCAUAGCAUUAUCCAUUUAGUUCAGCAUUUUUCUUCAACAGGACCUAGUUACACUUUUCACCCAGUUAGAGGAGAGGCUGAAGCCCUCCAUCCUUGGUCCAGUUAACCUAACAGUGGGUUUAUGGAGAAGCCUGGAAUGUUUUAUAGUUUAAUAAGUGUUCACAUCCUUUGUUGUAGACUGGAAUGAAAGUCAUUAACUCGGAUUCACUACUUCUGUCAGACUUUUAGUAACAGUUUAAAAAAGAAAGAAAGAAAGAAAGAAAAAACUCCCCAGUGGAAAAAAAUUUUAGAAAAGACAGAAAAGUAAAAGAAAG